GUUUAACAACCUUAUGUGCUGGGCAAGCGGCUUGCAUAAUAUCUGAUUUUGUAAUGGAUCUGUGACGUUUUCGACCAUUUAAUUAAUUUAGCUUAAUAUUCGUUAAGGAUGGUUCCAUUCAUAGGAAAUAUAUUAUUUAAAACAGUGGUGAACAACUCAACAAAAAACUCUCCCAGUUGCUGGAAAUGUUUGUCUAAAUUAUCUGGACCUUCCUACUUUCAUUCUGUGCCAAGGAAUUUUCAUCAUUCAAUUAGUAACUUCAGCAUAUCAUUGAAUAAACCGAGACACAAGCUUACUUUUUUAACAAACUGUGUAAGAUAUCAGUCUUCAAAGUCGGAUUCUGGUGCAGCAGAUAGAUUGCGUUAUUCUAUAGCAGUGGCCAUUGUUAUGACAGGAGCAACUAUUUUAUCUGUUCCCCUCUACCGAGUCUUCUGUCAGAAAACUGGAAGAGGAGGUAAGGCUGUCAAGUUAAGCAAUGAAAAAGUGGAGGCCAUGAAACCACAGGAUAAAGUGAUCACAGUCAAAUUUAAUGCCGACCGAUCCGCUCAGAUGCAGUGGCAGUUUAAACCUCAGCAAAAGGAGAUACAGGUUCGUGUGGGAGAGACUGCAUUGGCAUUUUACACAGCCAAAAACCCCACAGACAAGCCCAUCAUAGGGAUUUCUACCUAUACCAUAGUUCCCUGGCAAGCUGGAUACUAUUUCAAUAAAAUACAGUGCUUUUGUUUCGAGGAACAGAGGUUAGAACCAGGAGAAGAGGUGGAGAUGCCUGUGUUUUUCUACCUUGACCCUGAGUUGCUGGAUGAUCCGCGGAUGGCUAAUGUUGAUGACAUUGUGUUAUCAUACACUUUCUUUUCAUCAAAAGAUCAGGAAAUUAAAUAUCCAGGACAGCAGAUCAUGCCCUCUGGUGGUGCAUAGCAAAGUAAUGCAGUUGACCUAUUGAACUCCAGGAAUUUUGACAAGUGUUACAUUAAAUCAUGUGGAACAGUGGAUACUAAAGCUUUUUCCUGUCAUGAUAGGAGAGUUGCUGUGAAUUCAUGUUGAAUGAGAACUCCAUUCACCAGACAUUUAAAUGGAAGAAAAUAUAUAAUAAGUCAAAUAUAGAGAAUGUCAGAUUUAUGGAGAUAGUACUUCAGGAAGAGUUUUAUGUCAAUGUACAGAUGUCUUUGUUUUUAUGUCUGAAAAAUUAAAAUAGAAAAUAAACUGUGAUAAUUUUGAA